GAGUAGUGAAGAUGUUGCGGCGGCCGCAAGCUGUCCUGUGUCGCGUCUCGCUGGCGAACCUGUCUCCAGCGGCAUGGACUGGUGGUGGGGCGAGCUACCAUGGCUCCUCGUCAGAGGGGGGGAAGGGAAACGCGGCGCCUUUGCAGGUCAGAGUCUAUCUUCUUACAGCUUUAUGUGGGCUACACUUGUCCUCAAGCUUGUUCCGACGAAUCAACGACGAGCCAAGGCAUUGAAUACCCGUUGUUCCAGGCACGUGGGAUGGUGGAUAGGUUCCGGCUACUUGCCAGGGGUGGCGACGGUGGCAAUGGCUGCAUCAGCCAAAGGCGCUCCAGGUCCGAUCGCCAAGGCAGGCCCGAUGGUGGCGAUGGAGGGACAGGUGGUAAUGUCAUUCUUGAGUGCUCAAGAUCUGUCUGGGAUUUCAGUAACUUGCAACAUCACACGAAAGCAGUCCGAGGAGGCAAUGGACUUUCUAAGAAACAGAUAGGGACAAGAGGUCCUGACAAGGUUGCACAAGUACCAGUUGGCACAGUGAUUCAUCUAGUCCGAGGGGAGCGGCCGUCUUUCACUGUAAAUAAACCAACCAGAUCUCUAGAUCCCUGGGAUAUCCCAGAUGCUGUGGAUGACUCUGCAGACAGUUCCAAUCAGAAGAACAAGGAUGGCAUUAAUGGAAAUGAAGCUGAAAGAGAAAGUAGCAAUCAGCGGGAGAAGCAAACAUACCCUAGUACAUGCUCCAAGACUGGGUUUUCGAAUGCUGAAGAUGGUGAUGCAAGUAGCAUUCAACAUCAGGUCGAGUUUGAUGAAAAUGAUCAGUUUGAUGACGACGAUGAAGAAUUUUGGGAGGAUGAAGAUGAAACGGAGGAAGAGGCUCUAGAUGCAGAUGGGGAGAGGGAAGAAGAUGACAUACAGUAUUCUGUUGCUGAAAUGACAAGACCUGGGCAACGGUUGAUCGUAGCACAAGGAGGGGAGGGUGGGCUAGGGAAUGCUUCUAUCGGCAGAGACGUCCGUCUAUCCAAAGGAAAUAGACAAGAGGAGGUAGCCCGUUUAAGUACUGGACAGGCAGGAACAGAGUCUUUUCUUGUCUUAGAACUGAAGAGCAUUGCUGAUGUUGGCCUUGUUGGUUUGCCUAAUGCCGGAAAGAGCACACUUCUGAGUGCUCUCUCUAGGGCUCGGCCGGAGAUCGCUGACUAUGCAUUCACCACACUAAGGCCCAAUAUUGGUAGCCUGACCUACGACGACUACUUGUCAGUGAAAGUUGCUGACAUGCCUGGUCUUAUCAAAGGUGCCCAUGAGAACCGUGGCCUGGGCCAUGCCUUCUUGAGGCACAUUGAGCGCACCAAAGUUCUGUCCUAUGUACUUGACCUGGCAGCAACACUCAACGGUAGGAAGGGUAUCCCACCAUGGGAGCAGCUAUGCGAUCUGGUCGUGGAGCUAGAGCAUUACCAAGAAGGCAUGACAAAGCGCCCAUCGUUGAUUGUCGCAAACAAAAUAGAUGAAGAGGGAGCUGAAGCAAUGUAUGAAGAACUGAAGAGGAGAGUGCAAGGUGUUCCUAUAUUUCCAGUGUGUGCCAUCUUGCAAGAGGGAGUACCUGAUCUGAGAGUUGGCCUGAGAGACCUUAUUGAUGCCUCGGAUCCGCAAGGUGUUGAUUUGAGCAAAAUUAUUGUAGACUAAAAGGCUUUGCCCCUCGUUGGAGAAGAAUUAUUCUCUGAUUUUUUCCCCUUGAGCACUGUCUGCUUACAGAUGCACUGUAGAUCCAUGUUGCAAAAAUUGCUCUAAUUUUCUGCGUUGCAGAAUAGAUCAUCUAUUGUUUUAGAAAAUUCAGUGUAAUAAUAACUAAGGGUUACCAGUAUG